AUGUCUUGUAUUUGGACUAUAAUCUUUCUUAGUUUCUUAUUCCUUAACCUCUCAGAGGCUAAACAUCAGAACAAGCUUCAUUCUGCAGUUGUUGUCGGCACUGUCUACUGUGACACAUGCUUCCACCAAGAUUUCUCCAAGGCCAGCCACUUCAUCUCAGGUGCAUCUGUUGCUGUAGAAUGUGAGGACACAGGUUCAAGGCCGGGUUUUCGACAGGAAGUGAAAACAAAUGAACAUGGAGAAUUCAAGGUUAAUUUACCUUUCUCAGUGAGCAAACAUGUGAAGAAGAUCAGGGGGUGCUCUGUGAAGUUAAUCAGUAGUGGCGAGCCGUUUUGUGCGGUGGCAGCUACCGCAACUUCUUCUUCGUUACAUCUCAAGUCAAGAAAGGAAGGGACACACAUUUACUCAGCAGGGUUUUUCACAUUCAAACCCUUGAAACAGCCAGAAUUAUGUGAUCAAAAGCCAAUAAUUAAGAAUUCAAAAGAAUUGGAUUCUGAAAAGUCCUUAAUUUCAAAUCCCAAUGAUCCCACAUUUGCACCACCAAUUCAAGAUCCCCGGUCCGAUCCACCGGCAUUAGGCCAAUUCUUGCCACCACUGCCGCAACUUCCACCCCUGCCGCCUCUGCCGGGGCUUCCCAACCUGCCGCCCCUUCCAGGAAUGCCGAAUUUUCCACCAGCAGUGCCCAAGAAGCAAACAACACUCAAGGACUCUACAAAAGCAUCUGGGUUAGUAGAUAAAAAAGUGACUGAUGCUUUUAUUUUCCCACCAAUUCCGCUUAAUCUACCGUCUCUACUUCCUCCCAUUCCCUUGCUGCCACCACCAUCUAUACUUCCUCUUCCUCCUAUCCCCUUGCUGCCUCCGCCUUCGAUUCUUCCUCCAAUUAUCCCAUCUCCGCCUCCUUCAAUAUUUCCUCCAAUUCUCCCAACACCUUCGCCGCCAUCUUUCAAGCUACCACCAUUAAUACCAGGUUUAACUCCAUCUCCACCAACACCCUCACCGUCAUUUCCAUUUGUUCCUCUCCCUCCAUUUCCCUUCCAGCCCACACCUGGCUUCCCACGACCUGGAUUGCCACCGGCUGACGUUUCUUCUCCAUCAAAGACGGCCUCUCCUUGA